UGCGAACGAGGCGAAACGGUUUGAACUUUGCUAUUUUGGAGUUAAGUUUUAUAGAAUGCGACGUCUGGAAAUAUUUGUAUCCUUGAUAUUCUGGAAUAUUGCUAGCGCUGAUGAACAUCAAUUGCCACUGACUUCAACCCAAAUCAGCCCGAAUACAGAAUUUGUGAUCUUUGGGACACGACAUGGAAACCGUAACCCAGACGAGUAUUUGAACGGAAUUGAUCGAUCAUGGGGACAGGAAGGAUCUUUAGAGUUGACUUCGAUCGGAAAGCGACAAGGGUACGGAUUGGGCGUCGAACUACGGAAAUUUAUAGGGAAUCUGACAACAACAAACUUCAAUGCUUCAGAAGUGAAAUAUUACUCAAGUUCUGCAAAUAGGUGUCAAAUGACAUUACAGGUUGCCAUUGCUGGUUUGCAUCCCCCACAAACCUACAAUGACUGGAAUACUCAACGAUUUGAUGACUGGUCACCUAUUCCGUACACCAUCUCAGAUCCGAUUCUUCGAAUGUAUUCCGUCAAGUCCUGUAAGAAAUCUGAUGAAGUUUGGAAGCCAGUUGAUAAUGAUGAUCUGCCGGAACUCGAGAAUUUAAAGAAUGACAAUGCUCAAGUUUUGACCUAUUUGAGUGCAGAGACCGGAUGGAAUAUGACUGAAAAUUUGGGAAAAGCCGCGGAUUUGGCAGAUAAUUUGAUUCAAAUGGAUUUUUACAACACGACUUAUCCAUCAUGGCUGACUAAUCCAAAAAUUAAUGAAUACAAUGGCAACGAGUUAAAGAAAACAAUAAUGAAAUUUGCUGAAAUCCAUCCCCGCUCCUGUGCCUACUACUAUCCAUGUCGUUAUCUUAUGGGUGGUUACUGGUUGGAUGAUAUUCUCAGCAAGCUCAGUGACGCUAACUCUACAAAGAAUGCUCUUAAGGUUGUUGGAUACGCAUCGCACACCGAAGUCACGCUUUCAGUGAUGAACCUAAUGGGAAUUGAAAAAGAAGAAGUAACCACCUCGGCAGGAUUUGUAAUUGAAUUCCGAAGACAACCGAAUGUAGCUGUUAGAAUCCUUAAUCAUGAUCCAAAUCCAAUUGAUGCUCAUGUCAUUUAUCCAGCAAAUUUGACGAAAGAGCUCUCAGAUGUUCAGGAAUCAGAUGGAUUUAUUAGAUUAUCUGACUUCAUUCGUAUUGUUAGACCAGAGAGCUAUUCGGAUUGGCCAAAACAAUGUGAUGCUCCAUCAUGUGCUAUCGACAAUCCAAAUGGAAACUUCUCGUCUUCAUCGUCCACCCUGACUUUUGUAUCAGUUCUUAUUUCUACCGUUUUGGCUGCUCUGCUGAACCAAUAAGCUCAUCCAACGAGAAGUCUGCUGCAUUUCUCCAAGAUUGCUGGUUUUUACAAUAAUCUCAUUUGGUCACUCGCAUAUUAAUUCCGCUAGCUUGAUCUAUUUUUGUAGAUAAAGAUUUUUAAAUUU